GUCUCCAAGGGAUGUUUCCGCUGAUCUCACUGUAGCACCAUCCCACUUCUGAGACUAAUGUAGCAAAUUCUGGAGUAUUCAAACCUGCAGCCUUAUGUCUGAAACCGCUUGAUGAGGUUGCUGUUGUACUAAGGACGCUGCCGCAAUGAUGAUAAGGAGUAAACCAGAUGAGGACGAAUACUGGAACAGUUCGAAGUUCAAAGCUUUCACAUUUGAUGAUGAAGAUGAUGACUUUACCAGGCUAAAGGAAUCCAAGCGGGCUGUGAACAGUAUCCGCAGCCUGGUAGAGGAAGAGGAUGAAGAAGAUGAUGUGGAGAAGGUCAGCUGGAGUGGAGAGCCUGUUGGAAGUAUCUCGUGGUCGGUCAAGGAGACAGAAUCCAGCAUUCGUUCCACAGGAGAGGUGCGGGACCAGAGCUUCCCCAAAAUCCACACUGCCCCUUCGUUGCCCAAGAAUAGUUCUGGCUACUCCUUAAGCUCCUUAUUCAAAGGAAAGGCCAAAACUGGGAACUUCCAGUCCUUCUCUGAGUCUUUCGGUGAUCCAUCCAUCCGAAAUUACGCCCCGGAACUUCGGAAACCAAAAUCUGAAUACAAGGACUAUGUCAGUGACUGGACCCCUGAGGAGACUGUGAAGAGGAUGCAGCAGGGAAAGGUCUACUCUUUGGAGAAGUUCCACUCCUUACAGGACAAACUGCUGCUAUUGGAUGAGGCUGUGAAUGCACAUGAUGGAAACGUCAUCACCGCGGUUUUAAUAUAUUUAAAGAAGUCAUUAAGUAAAGAGAUUCUCUUCCGGGAGUUGAUAACAAGAGAAAUAGCUCUUAGGCAUUAUAUCCACUACCUGAAGGAAAUAGGAGAACAAAAGCUUUUGGUGGAGCUUUUCAAGUCCCUGGACAGAACAGAAGACAUGGCGCUCAUGCAGUACAGAGAUCACCUCAAUAUCAGAGACGAGAACAAGAGGAGGGACUUUCUGAAGAACUGCCUCAGUCUCCCCUUCUCACCAGACGACGCCACUCACGUUCAAGACCACUACACACUCCUGGAAAGGCAGAUUAUCAUCGAGGCGAACGACAAACAGGUGGAGAGUAGCGGCCAGGCGGACAUCUUUAAGAAAUACCCGCGGAAAGCCUCCAUCCUCAACAUGCCUAUCAUCACUACACUCUACUACUCCUGCUUCUACCAUUAUGGGGAGUCUGAUGGCACGUUCAGCAGUCCAGCCAACAUACGGAAGACCUUCAGGAUUUCAGAUAAACAGUUUCUCCUCACAUGUCUGGGUGCGAGGGCGAAGCUGAAAGCCUGGUUCGAUGUGGAUGCUCUGUUCACCACCAAGAACUGGCUGGGCUACACCAAGAAGAGGUCUCCCAUUGGCUUCCAUAGAAUAGUGGACAUCCUUCAGAAAAACAACGCACCAGUACAGGUGUUGCAGGAUUACGUAAACCUGGUUGAAGACGCGGAGCAGAAGAUCAGUUUGGCGCAGAAGUAUAAGUGUCACGACGUCAUCAUCAAUACGUACAGGGACCUGAAGGACCGGCAGCAGUUGAUUGUGUACCGGGGGAAGGUGGAGAGAGGCUCAUCCGAGUACAGGAAGAUCGAGGAAAUCCUCAGCAACUCGCAAAUCCGAUGGAAAAACUGACAUCCACUGCUAGAAGACUAUGACAACACUGCUUCAAAUGGACAUUUAAAACGAUUUGUUUCAGAUGAGAGAUGAUGUGUGGGACAAACUAUUUUAAAGUAAUGGCUCCUGGAGUGAAGAUGCAGUUGACGGUUUGACUGCAAGACGAAGUUCACCUUCCAUACUUUGUUAGCUCUGGUCCAUGGCAUUAGUUUGCAUUCCUCCACUAACCGUUAGUAGAGGAACAGACACUAACGCCCUGGACCAGAGCUAACUUUAAGUUAGCAGAGAGAGCAGCAGAGAGAGCAGGUGGCCAUACGAAUGAAUGAGCCAAAACCUUCCAUUUUCAUGACUUUUUUUUUGGUUUGCAGUCUUGUGUAAUGCUUGCUCGACGUGCGUAUCCAUCUUUUUGCCAACCCUGUUAGCUGUGCUCUUUACACAAGCCGAAGCAGAAGGUGCAACAGCGGUAGUAAAAGUCUGAACAACAGUAUAUAGACAUGUAUUCCUCUGACCCCUGAUCUAAUUUGUGUUUUUAUAAACAUGAAAAUAAAACUUUAAUAAGAACGGCUGAAACACGUUCUUGACUUGCAA